AUGGCGAACCGAAGAUUGAACCGCGUUCUUCAUGAGCUGGCUCCGCCGCCGCAACCCAUUGGCAGUCUCCAGCUAGGCGAUAUAUCAUAUCAAGUCGAAUCAGCUCAGCUAUCUUCGCGCUUACCUCAUUGUCACGAUGUUCUCUUAGAUGUCAAGGACCCCUUCAACCUAGAGAAUUUACACUUCAUGUUGCAGAAAUAUUUACUCGGACAAGAUAUAUUCCUUUUGUCACAACCUGGGCCUUAUGCACGACGAUUGGCUAUGACAUUCUGCAGUCUCAUCAACUCAGAAUAUGAGCAUAUUGCUUUACACCGUGACGUUGGAGAAACCGAGCUCAAGCAGGGCAGAGAGAUCCAAACAGGAAGAGAUCUUGUUUAUAUUGAUAGUGCUGCUGUACUAGCGGUAAAGCAUGGGCGCAUCCUCAUCAUAGAAGGGAUAGAGAAAGCGGAACGAGGAAUAAUGCCUGUUCUCAAUAAUCUGCUAGAAAACCGAGAGAUGAACCUUGAAGAUGGCACCCAUAUCAUACAUCCGCACCGAUACGAGUUGGUAGACGCCACCUCAAGUAACGACGCGAUUUUUAUUCCCGCUCACAAGAAUUUCAGAGUCAUUGCUAUCGCGGCGCCAGUGCCCCCGUAUCCUGGAUAUCCGCUCGAUCCGCCUUUCCGUAGUCGCUUUCAAGCUAGAUUUAUCGACCCAGUGGGGUCCCUCCUGGCAAUCCAUCCCUCCUCAUCUGCGCAACUCACACCUACUGCCAGUACUCUCUUCGAGAAGCUGAGGAACAUUAUUAUCACUACGCAAUUUGCCAGUGAAAGUCGUCACUCAGUCGAUGCAGUGGCCAAAUCGUCUCUUCCCGCUUUCCCUCAAACCGCACUGACGAAACUAUAUUCUCUGUUGUCUACGUUCCCUCCGCCGCCACAUAUUUCACCCGAACAGCUUGCUAGAUUGAUGCUCACGCUUCAUCCUGCGCUUAUAUAUGCGCCCUUCGUUGCAUGGGCUAUGCUCUCAAACCGUCUGGAAGAAGCCGGUCUAGGUGUUCUGGGCAGUCCGUCUCUAAACGGCAACGGCGACCACCUAGGUCUUCUUGGAUACUCAAUAUCUCACGUCGAGCGGCUCAAUGAACAGACUAUUCGAGCGACUUUCGAUGGGCCUUCAAAUUUACCGCCCGUUUCGGUCGAAGCGAAAGCUGGUCUGAAAUCACUUCUCCCGUUCCCCUUCACCGAAUCCAACCGGCUUGGCUUCUUUGCCACCGAGAGGUUCAUGGGUCUCCUGACCUCGAUGCUGCAAGUUCAUGCACUGGGAUGGGAUAUACUCUUUGUACCUCCUGCGGUCCCAAGUACCGCCUCGUGUUCUACCACUUUCCUGGUGAAGGCAUUUGGUGCGGUCUUAGGUUACGACACCGAAGAUUAUCAUAUGUACAAGGAACUUGGUGGAAGGGAGCUUAUCAUGCGCCGUAGGAUUGAGGAUGAAGGUGCAACAACAUGGGAGCCAAGCACCCUUGUCGAAGCUGUAUGGGCUGGUAGGCUUGUACACAUGUCGGGGAUUGAUGUUAUUGGGUCAACGGCGGGUUCACUUGCUCGCCUCAUGCAGGAUAGAGAGGUGGAGCUUUGGGAGGGCCAACGACUUGUUCGUGAAGCUUCCGAUGCAGAGCAAGCAAACGACGGUCUUUCUAUUGCUCAUCCUUCAUUUCGAGUUAUAAGCACAGCUUCAAAGUCUCUUCCACUGAAGGACUGGCUUUCAGAUGAACAAGCCAAUAUGUUCUUCCCAAUUGCGGCACAGCCGAUGUCAAGAGAAGAGGAAUUCAUGAUUCUUUCAAAAACUGCAUGUUCAUCGAUGUUGUUAAAUACCCUACUGUCUUUUGCGGAAAAGUAUAGAGCAAGCAUGACAUCGGAUUCAGUGCAGAAGAAUAGGAAGCUUGGGACGCGCUCUCUUGUCAGGAUGGCCCGUCGUAUCGCAGAGUUCCCGGACGAUGAUGACUUGUACACAAUGAUCAGCCGUGCAACUUUGGCGGAGUUCUUGCCUCCAACAGAGACAAUGAAGCUCGAGGAGCUGCUCGCGGAAGCUGGAAUCAAGAAGCGUACACCUGCUUUCAACCCUUCACCUGUUGCCCAGGAACAUGGUAUCUUGUUCCCCCCGUCUAGCGAUCCACUCACCCAGAACACAAAACCUGUCUUCAUACAAGCCUUCGACAGGUCUCAUGAUCUGGAGGGCGUAACGUCGCAUGUUCCACAUAUGGAUCAUUUUUAUGACAACAGCCUGCAAACGGGACUGAUGCGCGACCUAGCCGUCGAUAUGGAAUUGCUCGGGGAGCAUCUCGUUCUAUUAGGCAAUCAGGGUGUAGGAAAGAACAAGGUAGUUGAUCGAUUGUGUCAGCUGUUAAGACGACCACGGGAGUAUAUCCAGCUGCACCGAGAUACCACGGUAAACCAACUAAUGUUCCGGACCGUCUUGGAGAACGGUAUCGUUAAGUAUACGGAUUCUCCUUUACUCCGCGCUAUUUCUCUCGGGCGUGUCCUCAUUGUAGAUGAAGCGGACAAGGCGGCGGAACACGUCGUGGCUAUCUUCAGGAGUUUGGCUGGACAUGGACAGCUGACCUUGCCUGAUGGACGCCGAGUCCGCCGUGAACGUGAACGAGAAUCGGAUAUCAUAGUUCACCCCAGCUUCAGGCUAGUCCUACUAGCAAAUAGGCCUGGAUAUCCGUUCUUGGGUAAUCACUUCCUGCAGGUUUUGGGAGACAAUUUUAGCUGUCAUGCAGUCACGAAUCCCGACAUGAGCAGUGAAAGGAAACUAUUGUCUCAGCUUGCGCCAGAUCUUCAGGAGGACAUGAUCCUUCGCUUGGUGGCUGUUUUCCACGAUCUCCGCCAUGAGUAUGAAAGUGGUGCCUUGACAUACCCGUAUUCUCUCAGAGAAUUAAUCAACAUCGUCCGCCAUAUGCAGUCGUAUCCAUCAGACUCGUUGGAGACAACUCUCCGAAAUGUCUUCGAUUUCGAUGUAUACAAGCCUGAGACAUUUGACAAACUUACCGACAUCCUGGAUCAUCAUGGGUAUGCCUACUCAUUCAUCCCGCUGCUGAGCUUAUCAGGUACUAGUCUAUCUGUGAAGCACCUAGGCAUUGAUGCUGCUCGAGAGAGUACCCAGAAGAAAGUCCUUGACCUGAAAUUUGAGCCGAAGGGUAAUACCGAUCUUUCCGGACCCAAGCACGGCAAGGAUGAUCCCAAUAACAAGCCUCACACUGGAGGGAAUACGUGGGCUGGCGGAACUGGCGGGCGCGAUACCGCUGGCUUAGGUGGACGCGGUGGCUACAUGCGUCUUUUUAAAGGUCACGAUAUCAGCCAGGUCUCCGACGCCCUCAAGAACAACGUGCCCGAUCGUAUCAAAGAGGAAGCCCGCGCAAUGGCGCGGCAGGAGCUUGCCCGGAGAUUAGAGGAAUUGGAUAUGAGUGCCGGGGAAGCGAAAGGUUACGGGGCGCUUCUGACAGCCGUGCAAGCGCAUAUAGCGCAGCUCCAUGAUUUGCUUGAGAACCUUGCCACAAAAGAGGAAGAACGCGUAUGGAUCAAGCGUCAGACGGAUGGCGAGCUUGAUGAAGGCCGCUUGACUGAAGGCCUCACAGGCGAGGCCACAAUCUACAAACGCCGCGGUAUGGCAAAACCAGAGAUGGGCCGUCCGCAAAUCAAACCAAAGCGGAUCAGAUUUAUAUUUGAUAUCAGUGCUUCGAUGUAUCGAUUUCAGUAUGAUGGCCGGUUGCGGAGAAGUAUGGAAACUGCGGUCAUGUUGAUGGAAACGUUCAACCGAGUUACACGGAAAGACAAAUAUGUUUGGGAUAUAUAUGGACACUCGGGAGAUUCUCCUUCCAUAUGUUUAGUGGAGUCGGAUAAGUUGCCCACGGAAUUACGAGACCGAUGGAAAGUCGUAGAGAAGAUGGAGAUGAUCUCGCAGUACACUUUCGCUGGCGAUUACACUGUUGAGGCGAUAGAUCAGGCAGUCAGUGAGGUGGCAAAGUUCGAGGCUGAUGAUUGGUUCGUGAUCGCCAUUACGGAUGCCAAUUUCGGCCGUUAUGGUAUCACGGCAGAAGAGCUUCAAAGGGUAAUGACGCGUCAUCCGAAAGUGAAUACCGCAUUGAUCUGCAUCGGCGAAGGGGCGGAGGCAUUAUGGUAA